ACUUGCGCAAGACCAAAAACCCCACUUGCGCCUGUUGUUCUGCACGGGACAUAGUGCACUUAAACAACUAGACUACAGAACGUAAGUGUUGUGAUCAACUGAUCAUGAGUAAAUGCAUGAACUUCACUGAGGGCGAGUUCUAUCAGGAGCAUUUUGACUCGCGCGCAUAUGUUAAAAAAUUCUAUUCCUCUCCUCGCGGUCACCCUGACGAGAAUAACUUCCUUACUUUCUUUUUGAAAUGCCUUAGCCGAGUUUUCUCAGCGGGAGAAAACAAAGGUCGGAUGCUGAUUGACGUGGGCAGCGGACCAACAAUCCACAGCGUCUUGAGCGCGUGCCAACAUUAUGACGAGAUUGUGCUGUCUGAUUUCUCAGAUGGCAAUCGUAGAGAAAUAGAAAAAUGGUUGGAAAAUCAAGAUGGUUGUUUAGAUUGGAAACCCGUUUUGCAGCAUGUUUGUGAAAUGGAGGGGAAAAGCCUGUCCGAUUUGGAAGCUGCACUGAAGCAACGAGUCAAAAAGGUUUUAAAAUGUGAUGUCCGCUUGGAGAAUCCAUUCUAUCCACACACACUGGAACCAGCUGACUGUGUCGUUACAUCUCUGUGCCUGGAGGCAGCAUGUAAAGACAUUCCUUCAUACUGUCGCGCUUUAGAUGGGCUCACCAAGCUCCUGCGCCCUGGUGGACUUUUGGUCAUGAUUGGUGUUCUGGGUGAGACCUUCUACAAGGUGAAUGAACAGCGGUUUUCUUGUCUUAGACUGAAUAAGCAUGAUAUUGAGGAAGCACUCCAAAGUUCAGGCCUUUCUCUCCACGAGUUUAAUAUACUGCCUGCAGAAGACCGUGAAGACAACUCAGUGUCUGACUUUGAGGCCGUUUUUCAUCUUACGGCGAGAAAGCCUUCUGACUGACAAAGCAAACAGACAGUAUACAGUACUAUAUAACCAACACAUUCUCACUCCCAACUAUAUUGACGCUUGUCAUAACCCCUUGGCGUCACUUUUUAACACGCAGGGUAUACACCUUUUGUGUCAUUUUUCAAGAUGCAGGGUACUUAUUGAUUUUAAUGGGCAUGGCAUGGGCAUACAAAUUUAUCGUUGUGAGUUGAGAAAAUGUCAGAAUGUUUUCAUGACUGUCAUUUAACUAUAAAAUGGUCUGACUGGUUAUGACUGUUGUGUUUACAGUACGUCGUAAGCAUAUUAUCAAGUUAUCCAGCAUUAAAAUUACCUUCAUAAAAUAUCGUUCAUGUAUGCGGUUAUGUUGGAAAGUUUGCACUCAAAUUCCAGAGCUUUUUCGCCACUGUAUGGCCCGUUUGUGUAACUGCAGUGGCUCCGACCACCUUGUGUAAAACUCGAAUCUAAUUGGACGGGGCGUUUCAUCGCAUGCGGGGUGACAGGGAAAAAUGUACACGCUGGACGAAAAAAAACAAUCGCUUUCAUGGGGCGCGAUUGAUCGCGCGCACUGUGAAAGGUUUCAUGGUGAUCUAUUGUUUUUAUUCCAGAGUGUAUUCCAAGUGUGUAAGCAAAGGAAUUUAAAAAGUCCUGUAAUUAUUAAACUGAGUGUUAAACUGAAAAAGGUUAAUGAACUUCCAAAGACAAACUUCAUGAUACAUUCAAUUCAAUUCAAUUCAAUUUUAUUUAUAUAGCGCUUUUCACAAUGUGCAUUGUUCCAAAGCAGCUUUACAGGAGCAAAUAAGAAAAACACAGAAAGGUAAAACACAGCACAGUGCAUGGUGUUUAUAGACCAAGCACGAUCAUUAUAAUAAAUAAUAUCUAAUAAAUAAAUGAAUAAAUAAAUAAAUAAAUAAAUGCAGUCAGGUUGAACAUUGAACGUCAGGUAAGAUAAAUUCAGACAUAUUUCUUUACUUCCUGUAAUUUGACAACACGGUGAAAUAUUUGAUUGGGAAGGAAGUUAAAUGUCAAUUUGAUAAAUUAUUUACAAAAUGCAGACUACGUCAGCUCUGACUAUGACAAAGGCCAUCUUGUACCGGUCUACAAGGCCAGCCACGUUCACAAAUGCUGCUCCACAAGACAGAUCUUUUAACAGAGGCCAAUGGAGAGAGUGACUGAAAAGAAUAUUGCAGACUUUCUGAACAGUAAUGAACAAUGAUUGUAAACCACACUCUAAGUAUGUUUUUACUGGUCUGGGGUGGUACCAGGAAAAGAUAACAAAUAAUUGAGUGAUUGUGCCUAGUCAUUUCUGGACUGCGUACUGCUGCUUAUCAACAAAUUAGAAUUUUCACAAUGAUAUAUUGGUGUCAAAAAGAAGCUUCUUUGAACUUUAUUUUUAUGCUUUUAUCAUUACAUCACUUACAUUAAUUAUUAGAAUUAUAUUUCGAUAAUUCGUAACAAUAGAUUAAAAGACAGCCUAACCGUCAUGGUAAGCCACAGACCACUGAAGAGGUAGGUUCCAAACACAAAAUAUUUAAUAUAAAUAUAUAUUCAAACGAGACAAGUGAUCAAGAUAUUAACAUUGGGUAGUACAACAGUGAAUAACAACAGAGACAAGACCAUGAUGGGGAGAACAGAUUGAGUAUAUAUAGAGUCCGGUGAUGAGCAUGAUGGCAGUCAGGUGUGGGAGAAUGGAGACGAUGAAGGACAGGUGAGGGAGCGUGAAGGAUGAUGGGAAGUGAAGUCCAAUGGGAAAUACGGGGAAAAAGUGGGGAAACAAAAGGGACUGUGACACUAAUAGCCUGUCAUUCCACAAUAGAAAGCGUAAAACAUCAACAUGUUUUUCUUUUGGAAUUCUCAGAUUUUAAGUGUUCCAUUGUCUAUGCAGUUGUAAAGUGUUAAUGAAAUAAAGUGCAAUACAUUCAACAAUGCAAUACUUUUUUGAUUUAUAAAAAUAUGAAAAUGAUGUGCAGA